AUGUAUUCAAAGCUCAUCCUGUCUCUUUCAUUCAUCCUCCCACUUGCUUCAGCAAUCUGCCCAGGCUAUAACUAUGCCUUUUUCCACGUAAACGGCUGGGUCUACACCGCGGACGAUUCGUGUAAAAUCGUUGCAACGGGCUACUGCGACAAUAUUUGCGAGUGUACAUAUUGGGGCUGUUCCCCUGCUCACUCCGUCGACAAUGUCUUAGUUAAUGGCUUAUGGUAUUACUGCCGGGCUGAUUCCGGUGCCGGCACUUGUGGCUCCACUGGUAAUCAAAUUGCGAACCUCGCCCCUGAAAGCUGCUGCCGUAAUGACGGAAAGCGAAAUUACGAGGAAGGUCUUAUCAGCAAACGCCAUGCCAAUGCUAUUGGCCAGACCAAUGCGCUUCUGGAACGUCACGAAGAGGAGUAUGCGGACGCUGAGAAAAAUGGACACGACACUAGUAAGCUGCGACGCAGACAAUUGAAUGAUUUGGAAGAGCAGAUUAAGCGCGAAGAAGAGGCUGCUGCUCUAGGUGACGAGUAG